AUGGCCAGCUUCAGGAAGGACAAGGCGGCGGGCGGGCGCGAAGAGGAGGAGGAGGAGGACGAGGAGGUUUAUGGCCUGCAAUGCACCCAUAACCUCCUCCUCAUCUGGCCCACUGACCUCUGCGUGGUCACUUUCCGGCAGAGCCCAGGAGCCCCGGAGACCCGCGUCACCCGACUCGCCUCCCUUUGGCUCCUCGUCACGGCCGUCAGCUUCCAGGGCGCCGCGGGGUCGCUGACUGCCCGCACCGUUGAGGCCUUGGUUUCGGCGGAGGAUCUCCUGGCCAUAUUAUACAGGGAAGGACCGGCCACAGAGGGCAUAUUCCGCAAAGCUGCCAGUGAGAAGGCCCGCAGGGAGCUGAGGGAGGAGCUCAACAAAGGAGGGGCCGUUGACUUGCAAAGCCAACCCGUGCACCUCUUGGCCGGCAGGCGGGCACCACCCGAGGGGGACUGCCCAGCGCAGCCGCACUCUGGCCUCGAGACACCUCUCUUUGGCCAGCCUCUGACUACUCUUUGUGGAGAAGAGGGCACCCUGCCCCAGCCAGGCCAGGAUCUCCUGGCCAUAUUAUACAGGGAAGGACCGGCCACAGAGGGCAUAUUCCGCAAAGCUGCCAGUGAGAAGGCCCGCAGGGAGCUGAGGGAGGAGCUCAACAAAGGAGGGGCCGUUGACUUGCAAAGCCAACCCGUGCACCUCUUGGCCGUCAUCUUCAAGGACUUCCUGCGAAAUAUCCCCUCCAGGCUCCUCUCGGCAGCCCUGUUCGAGAGCUGGAUGCUGGCUCUGGAGAAGCCAAGCAGGCAGGAGAAGAUCGAAGAUCGGAAAGAGGGAGGUGAUGCAUCAGAGAUGAGAUAUUUGGAUAUGUUUGUACUCCAGAUUCCCAAACUCCAAACCGUGGAGCUUCUGAACAGAGUGCGGCACCUCACGGACUUGAGAGCCCUGGGAGCCGCUGACCCCAGUGAGGUGGGUAACAUGCUGCCUUCUGAUGCUGGUUUUGAGAAGUGGCUGGGGUACCUUAGAGACUGA